UUUGUGACUGCAGCGCUUCAUUCGUACCUUUUGGAAAUCUCACAAACUUUGUGUCUUUCAUCCUGCGAGCAAAGCGGAAGCUGCAAGAAAACAACAACAACCAAAGCAACAGCAAAAAAAAAAAAAGAAAAAAAAAACAAACUGCAUGAAAAGACAGAGAGCACAGAGUGAUAGAAAGCAGCAACAGCAGCAGCCCGGCAGCACACAGCCUGAGCUCCCGUCUCUUUUCCCUGGCCUCUGUUCCUUUAAUAAACUCAUGGUUAUCUAGUGUAACAAAUGUCUCGCUGCCAUCAUCAAGUCCAGGCGAGGAGGGAGGAGUUUUUAAUGUUCAGUUUGUUCUAUGGAUCGAUGUCUGCUGGCAUCGCCUCUCUUCUCGCCUGCACCGCGCGUAAUAUACUGUACCACUACCCAAACGCUUUUUUACGCGCAUUCCCUGCCACAUAUUAUCCACCGAAAACAGCCCGAAGGGACUGACUGACACACGUCGAUCAGCGUAUGUAGCACUGAUGGACGAAAACGGAUGGUGAAAGGACACGAUUCGCCCCCCGUAGGAGGAGGAAGAAGAAGAAGAAGAAGAGGAAGAAGAAGGUGAAAGAACAAGCCCGAUUUAACAUCUGUUUCCCCCCUGAAAACGAUUCCUAACUGGAUUUUUUUUUUCAAUAGUGAGAGAGACUGAACUACUCCGAGAGCCAAAAUAAAGACUCAGACACACACUCUCUCUCUCUCUCUCUCUCUCUCUAUGCAUGGACUAUCGUAGACCGCAUUCAGAUUUCACCUGGGCACUGUAGUGAACUGCGACUCAAAAAAGAAAAAAAAAAAAUGCCACGGAGGAAACAGCAGGCGCCCAAACGGGCUGCGGUGUACAUGCCUGAUGAAGACGCCGUUCUCCAGGAUUCCAUCACUGAGGAAGACGGAGAGAACGACACUCAAACUGAGGAGGAAUGUUCAGAGAAGACCAGCCCCAAAGUGUCUGAGGACAGAGAGCUAGACAACAAGAGCACUAACACUUAUAGCAACCAGAACUCUCCCAUUAGUGUCCUUUCCAAUCAAGAGGCAGAGUUGGAGUCGCACCUUAGCGACAGCAGUGACAGACUCUCAGACUUCAAAACCUCCUCGCCACCUGAGAGCCAGAGGGAUGACGAAAGUCGCAGCUCCAAACACAAAGACGAGAUGGGCAGCAGCUUGGAGAAAAUGAGGGCAGCCUAUGCAAACUUUCUCUCUGAUUCCUACUGGACGGGGAUAGGAAUGGACUUGAAAAUGGCCAAAAACACCAGCAAAGCCAACUGUGACAGCACCAACGGAAGCAGCAAAAGCGAGUUUGACUGGCACCAGGACGCGCUGUCUAAGACCUUGCAGCAGACGCUCUCCCCAAAGCCUGCGUCCAAACCCAACCUCUUUAGCUCUGUCCACCUGUACAGGCAAACCACCAAACCCUGUGGCUCAGUGUUCACAGGAGCCAGCCGAUUUCGCUGCAAGGAUUGUAGUGCAGCUUAUGACACUCUUGUGGAGCUGACAGUCCACAUGAAUAAGAGUGGACACUACCAGGACAACAACCACAGCAAACAGAGUAAUUCGUCUGCCUCGUCCUCUAAAUCUAGGAAACGAAAUUUGCAAGAUAUGGAAGGAAAGGAGGAUGCACAAAAAGUUUUGAAGUGCAUGUUCUGUGGCCACUCUUUUGACUCACUUCAGGAUUUGAGCGUCCACAUGAUUAAAACUAAGCAUUACCAAAAAGUGCCUUUAAAAGAGCCAAUCCCCGUAAUCACGCCCAAAUUGUUGCCACCAGCAAAGAAACGGGCCUUUGAAACGGCACGGCCUUGCUCCCCUGACUCUACGACUGGCGUGUCUGGCUACACGGAGGCACAACGGGCUGCCACCAUCUCAAAUGCCAACAACAAUCGCUACGGCUAUCAGAACGGCGCGAGUUACACUUGGCAGUUUGAGACGUGCAAGUCUCAGAUUCUUAAAUGCAUGGAGUGUGGAAGCUCUCAUGACACCCUUCAGCAGCUGACCACACACAUGAUGGUCACUGGACACUUCAUCAAAGUCACAAACUCAGCCUCUAAAAAGGGUAAACAGUUAGCGCUUGACCCCCUGGCCAUAGAGAAGAUCCAGGGCUUAGCCGAGCCUGCUGCCAGCGACACUGAGGGAGAAAAGGUGUCUCCAAAAAAUGCCUCCCCCGGGAGGAGUGAGAAGGAUAGCCAGGGGGAAGGCACAUCAGACAAAAUGGAAGAAACUGAAGCUAAAGAUGACAAGCAAGAGAGUGAGGAUCAAAAGGCAGGCAAUGGGGCUUUUAAGUACCCUUAUCUCCGUGAGGAGGAUCUUGAACAGGACUCAGGUGGAGGAGGGGACAUUCUUAAAUCUUUAGCCAACACAGUGGCCUCUGCCAUCAAUAAAGCUCAAACAGGGACGCCAAGCUGGAGUGCCUACCCGAGCAUUCAUGCUGCCUAUCAGCUCUCUGGCAUCAUCAAAAGCGCCCCUCUCUCUGCAUCUCCCCCUACUCAGCUAAAGCAGACAUUUAACCACAAGCUGAGACCGAUUGCCCCAAAGGGGAAGCUAUACCACGGUGCUGUGGGAGUUGAGGCUCCCCAGGGACAGCAUCAAAAUGUGGACAUCAAAAAAGAAAAGGUUGGCAUUAGCGAUGGUAAAGAAAGUCAGAAUAUUAAGUUUGAUCUGUUGGAGAAUGAUGACAGCGAUUGUCAGGAUGAUUCCUCUUCCUCUUCAAAGCUUGAUGCUGACUGUGUGAAUGAAGGGAGUGAAGCGAUCAAAGGGAAGUUGAGCCCAGAUUUCUCUGACAGAGGCAAGACACCAAGCCCUUCUGCCAGCAAUGGACGCAGCACUACUUCAGAGCCUCUCAGUGACACUCCGGAUAUACUUGGCAUAAACCCUCUUAGUGCACUGCAGUCAGUUCUGAACAAUCAUCUGGGCAAAGCAAAUAAGCCCAAUAACUCCAGAGCAGAUAAACUAUCUGCUCACACCCAGUCCAUUUUUGCUGACAUUAAUCGUAGCAGCGAGAAACCAGCUUUAAUGCUUGGAAAUCCUAGAAGAAAUAGGCCUGAUAACACCUUUCUCUUUGUUAGUGAUGACCAGCCAAUAGACCUGACGAAAUCUAAACACAACAAGCCGGAUUCAGGGCUCCUGCAGCCCUCCACCCCGAUGCCACAGAAAUAUGCUCUGUCUGACAUAGCUGACAUGGUGAAAGUUCUUCCGAAAGCCACUACGCCAAAACCCUCCAUUCCGUCAAGGAUCCCGACGAUGAAACUGGAAUCAGAUGUCAGGCGCUUUGAGGAUGUGUCCGCCGAGGUGUACUCCGUCCACAAGCGUAAAGGUAGACAGUCGAACUGGAAUCCUCGCCAUCUUCUCAUCCUGCAAGCUCAGUUUGCCUCCAGCCUCUUCCAGACCUCUGAGGGGAAAUACUUACUCUCAGACCUCGGCCCUCAGGAACGGAUGCACAUCUCCAAGUUCACUGGAUUGUCCAUGACCACCAUAAGCCAUUGGUUAGCAAAUGUAAAAUACCAACUGCGCAAAACCGGAGGGACCAAAUUUCUGAAGAACAUGGACACGGGCCACCCGGUCUUCUACUGCAAUGACUGCGCUUCCCAGUUUAGGUCGCCGACCACAUUCAUUUCCCAUCUGGAAUCCCAUCUCGGGUUCCAAAUCAAAGACAUGUGCAAAAUGCCAGUAGAGCACCAGACGAAGGUAGAGGAGCCAGAACUGUCGAAGGUCCUCAGUGUGAGAGCCACAGAGGCUCUAGUCACAGAGGAGGACAUUGACUCAAAGUUCAAAUGCAAGCUGUGCUGUCGGACAUUUGCGAGUAAUCACGCAGUCAAACUCCAUUUGAGUAAAACUCACAGCAAAUCCCCCGAUAACCAUUCACAAUAUGUGGAAAUGGACAAGGAGUAGUUUUUUUUUUUUUUCAUAUUAUUGACACUUUUGUUUUUUCCUUCUAUUCCUUUUUUUUUUAUUUUAAUACACGGGUCAGAUAUUUCAACCAUUUUCCAGUUAGCGUUGUGUAGUGUGCAUCAUUAUUAAAACAUUUCAUGGAGUACAGCAAAGACACACUGGUUAGAAAUUGUAUAAGGAAACACUAAGAGAUACUUUUGCACCCAGCUCAAAUGCAUCACCAGUAAUGAAAUGUAUUACUGCUUGAAGAAACAUACUUGCUGAUGUUUGCAUGCAAUAGCCCAGGCUAUGACUACUAUUUAUUUGUAUGAUAUGUCAAGUUUCAAUUGUAUUUCAAAGACAAAAUAAUGAACUAAUUGUACUUUACAACUUCUGUGAUACAGUACACCUGCAUAAAUGUGCAGCUGUUAAAACAGGUAGCCCGACACAUGAAAACACUCAUGCAGACCUGUACAGUGUAUUGCUAUGUAAAGAUGUUUUGUGUUGCAAUGAUAGAAGAGAGAAAAAAAAAGCACUUUAAUAAAUGUUUAAUCACCAGUUUAGACUCGGAUUCUGUACAUGACUCAAAAAUAAUUAGACAGUUUGGAAACAAGGAUAUUUCACAUGUAAAUAUAUUUUAGAAGAAAAAAAAAACAGUGCGUUUCAUGCAACAAGGAUAACAGCAAGACAGAUGAUACCUGUGAUACCUGCACCUUUUUUUACUUAUUCAAAUAAAGAGUUAACAUUUGAUAA